UCGGACAUCCGUGAGCUCCGCGAAUCUGCCCAUCUAUACGUUCUUAUUUAUACAGCGCUCUUGGCAGACGCGAUCGUCGGGGGUGCAAGUCAAAUCGCGAGGCCAAUGUCGUGUAAGGCCGUUGGUUUCGCUGAUCUACGAUCUCGCCGGCGUUUCAUGAGAAACCUCGACGGGGCACGUGCGAACGCGCGACAUCACUGCCGGCGAUUGACGAUCUGCGAUCGCAUGCGUCCGCAUCAACGACGUUACGACGAACGCGUCUCACCUCUACGAUCUAUGCCCGACCGCGGAAAGAACGCCGCUGUUGCCCGUUCGCAGAUGCGCACGUCGUCGACGAUCACGUCCGUACCGGUGAGUACACGGGCUCCCCGGAGCCUCGCGACCGACAUCCCGAUCUUCGGAGCAGCGAAGACGAAAGGAGAAGUAGCCAUGGUUGAGAUACCAAAGGAUUGUGUCCUGCAGUGGGCGGGCCACGCGGGAUAUAUUACAGAAAGAUUCAGUGGUCUUUUUGCACGUCAGGCUCUAGUCGAUGUCACAUUGAUCUGCGAUGAACAAAAGCUACGUGUUCACAAGCUGGUUUUAGCUUCGAAUAGUAUAUACUUUGAGGAAAUACUACAACAAGAUUUGGGACAAGAGCCAAUUAUACUUUUAAAAGACUUGGACUUCGAAAUUUUGAAGGCCAUGGUCGAAUUCAUGUAUUGCGGCGAAACUACGAUAUCUCAUCAGCAUUUAUCAUCCUUGCACACUGCAGCACAAAUUUUUAAGGUUAAAGAAUUGGUAUCUGUGAUCGAUACUAUUGUCGAUACCAAAAACGUUUUGAACGAUUUUGAAAGUUGCCUAAAGCAGCAAAGAGGAGAUUGUAAUUUAAAAGUUGCAAACAAUUCGCUCACAGAGAAUGAUUACGUCUGUGUUAGAUGUGAUAAAUUAAAUAUGGACGAGAAUACAGUAGCCUGUGCAAAUAGCGAUUUAAGCUCAAAUAAGAAUCACUCUUUAGAGAACGAUAUGAUUGAAAGCACCGAGCACGAUUUAGAACACACUUUGUAUGAAGAAUCGGAUGCUAUUGAUGCUAGCAACAAAGAUGUAAUAGAUACAUCGUUCUCUACAUCUGAUAUAAAUAUAAGUGUACAAAGUGAUAUUACUACCGAUACCAUGCCUACACAUGUAGAUAUGGUAAACGAAGUACAAACCAGGUGCACAAAUAACAAUACAGACGAAGCGUGUUGUCAUAGUCUUGAUUUAAAACCUAUCUUGUACGAACAAUGCUGUGAUUUUUCCUGCGACGUGGACGAAAGCGAUCAAACCUCAACACUGUCGCAAUCUUGCCUUCCACAAGUCGAAAACGACUUUGAGCACUGUUCCGGGAGUAGCACAGAUGUUCCUAGCACGAUAGGAAAAUACGUCAAGGUUUAUACGCCCAAACGACGUAGAUCCAUUGACGAAGUUCGCAAUAAGCUUGUACAUACGCAAUGCAGUUUAGUGCCAACUCCGCCGCAUUCUACGGAUUCCAUAGAUUUAUUAGACGAGCCGUCCUCUAAUGAUUUACCAGUUACUCUAUUGACCUCCCUAGAUAUGGAAAGCGCUGAAUAUAUCUUAAGCUUGAGCACGGAAAGCAUACAAUCGAUAGUAGGUGGUACUAUAAGUAAUCAACAUACGGUGAUUGGAUAUAGAGAGAUAAGUGUAGAACGAGACGCCGCUAAGGAGCGAUUGAAUCCCCCAGCAAAUGAAACGGAUUGCGCAAAACCAGUUCUGAGACGUAGCACGCGAUUAAGUCAACAGGAAAGCGACGAGGCUGCGAGCAAUGGCCUCUUUUCGGGAACCUUUCCGGGGACUGAGAAACCGUUCAAAAAGGGUAGUUCCCCUAACAGAACGGAAUCGUGCGUGAAAACGAAACGUAAAGGGAAGGAAGAUCGUAAGGUACCGGAUCACAGUGCAAUCACGAGCGCAAUACAAUCUAACAAAAAGAACUCCAACAGCAAGAAGACUAAUUCGAAAUUAAUAGUAAGAAAGAGUAACAAAUCUGCGUGUACGGUUGCCGGUAGUAAGGAAAAGGAAGAGUCAAAGUUGAAGGAAGAAUCGAAGCCGAAAGCAAACAAUAGAUUCAAAGCUGAAAAUACGGACAGAUCACUGACAGCGGAUCAACCCACUUACCACUCCACAAAAUCCAACGUAUGCAAGUGCAUAAGCCGCGCUUUGUGGGGCGAUAUGUCCGAUGCGUUGGAUUAUUGGGAAAACGAGAUGGAUCUGCUCGCGUAUCCGUCCAACACGGAGAUUCCUUUUGCCGUCGGCUUGCUACCUUUACGAACCGCUUUGGAGAAGAUGCAGGCAACACCAGAUUAUCAACCGCGCAAAACGCGUUCGUCGGUCGCGCCGAUGAAGCAAGAAACAAAUAAUGGUGUAAAACGAAAAUAUUGCACGCCAUUCGAUGCUGUGGUACCUUCGAAAAAGCAAAAUGGCAAUAAUCAUGUCGGAAGCCCAAACACCGUAUGUCACAUAGAGAUACGAACAGCACCGUCACAGUGCGCAAAAAGUCGUAAACGAUUCCUUUCGGAUUCGAUUACGAGUCUGCCAGCAAACGGACCGACAUCACAAGCAAUGGCAGGCAAUAACGUGGGUUAAAAUUUCUUUGCGACAAAACUGACUUAUUCUAUCGGUUCAAUAUAGUAUCAUAAUUUUGAAUACGUCGUAUAACAUUAUUGAAAAAGGCAGCAAAAUAGUAACAUCUGAUUCUCCUGUUUUUAAGCUUAAUCAGUACGAGAAUAGUUAAGAUUAGUAAUUUAUUUUCCUCGCCAUGUUUAGAGUCUACUCGUAAUAUCUGAAUAUCUCGCAAUUUGUACACUAAUAUACUUAUUAGUAAUCUUAAUUUAAGUGUAAAUAAAAAUAUUUUUAGGUACAAUUUUGCACAUACUCUUGCAAUUUCAUAGUUACGUAUAUUAUACUUUACAAAUAGUUGUAUCUCUCUUAAGCCGUAUAAUAUAUCACAGUAAUUUCAUAUUUUUGAUAACCUUAAUUUAAUUGUAAUUUAACUUUAAAUAACUAUUAAAUUUGCAAUUAUGUAGGUAGCUAGAAAAAGAUAAUAUUCCUGUUAUAUCUUCAACAAUGUUUAAAAUAAGCACUAUCCGUUUUCAGUAGCAGUUGCAAGAAAAAUUGUGCACAAUAAUUAAAUUUUACCAUUUUAGCACAAUUCUUUUUAAUCAAAUUCAAUGUAAUAUAUUUAUCAUUACGCACACAUAGAGUGCACAAAAAAUUACACUUUGAUUACAUAAAAGUAAAUAUCGUACGAUUAUUUAUGCUCGAUAGGAAAACGUCUAGAAUUUACUUUAAGCAAUGCGAAUUGAUUAUGAAAAAGUAAAAAUCUAUUUUUAUAAAUUUUUGUUUUUUACUUAUACACAUUUGUAAAAAUAAGCUCUAUAAAAUAAUUUUUAAGACUUUGUACCUUAAAGAAUAUAGCAGCAAUAACAUUUUAAUAAAACUUCAUAAGUCGUGUUGGCGUAUAACAUAAAUAUAAAAAGUAAAUAGAAACCAAUUUGUACGAAACAUAGCGAAUGUUGUGAUUAUGAUAAUUAUUUCUUGUUUCAAUA